AUGUCUUCUAACCAGUGGGUAGUUGGAUAUUUCACCGAGGAAAAUAAGUAUUCGGUUAUACCCUACACUUGGAUAGUAACAUGUGGUACUUUAAGUAUAUCAAAAUGGCCAAAAUCUGGAAAUAUUAAUACACUCAUACAAACAUCAUGCAGUUAUGAUGAAGCUGCGGUCAAAGAACGCCAAAUUUUUAUAUCUGCUUCAUCAUCGGAGUCCGAAGACCAUGUUGCUAAAAAAAAUAACAAUAAAAGAAACAAGCAUGACGACAGCAGUGAUAUUUUAAAAUUAAGUUAUAUUGUUCUUUUAGCAUGCAGUAGUGCUUCACAGACACCUAUUAAAAUAUUUAAAACUAAUUCCUCAACAAAAAUCAGUUCAAAACAAUGUAAAAUUGAUUUGAAUACAGUUUAUGCAGAAGAGUCAACAGCUAAUCAUUUAAAAAAUAAUACAAUAUCAUCUGCUAUGAAUUUAAUGUAUAACACCGAAGACAUAAUGACCGAAUAUGAUUUAAAUGCUGCGCUUGAAACAUCUUCGACUUAUAUGUUACCAGUUCAUUCAACACCUACUGAAACUCAUGUAUUUACAAAUAUGUCAUCAACCAUCACAAGCACUAGAGAACCAUUAACUUCUACACACAAAGAGUUAGAUAACUCCAAAACACAAAAAGAUAUUAAUCAAUCUAUGCACGAAAACAUUUUAAUGACACUUGCAUUUGUGAAGAGAAUUGAAGGCAGAUUGGAUGGAAUAGAAGCAAAGUUACAAAGCGGUAUUACAGUUAAUACAAACAUAAAUAAUGAUAUAUUGUCCCUACUUCCAAUGAAGACUGUCUUGGAUGUUCAAGAUAUAGAAACCAAGUGUACUACUGAUACAAAUUUUAAAAGUCAAAUGAGGAAUGUUAUAUUUAGAAUUGGUGGAACAAAUUCAAAAAACUUUAUAAAAAGAACUUUACAAAGAUUUUUUACAAACGAGCUCUCAACCAAAUAUACUUGGACUGGCUUUAGACAGCAUAAUCACCUUCGUGGGCUUCAAAUUAUAGAAAUGAUCAAAGGAAUUGCUGUGAAUAAGUUUUCAUCGACAGAAGCAGAUUUCGAGACACAUGUGAAGGAUUGGUUCAGACAUGGAUCUCAACGCUUUGGUCGAGAAAAAAAAUGAAAUAUUACCAUUUUGAUUAUAAAUUAUCAUAAUUUUUAAUAAUAAUGUUUUAUUGUAAGGUCCAUCAA